UAAUAAUAAUGUUUCAUCACCUUCCUCUUCCUCCGUCAGAUCUGCGAAAAUCCCCAAAUUCAAUUUUCAAAUUUCGAACACCGAGAAAACCCUAGCUUUUCCAAUUGGGUAACCUGCGUCUUCAAAAUCGCUCUUUGAAUCGGAAUCUCUCGAAUUGGGUGACCUCGUACAUUGCACACGAUGGGCGAUUUCAACCUCGCUCUCGUGAUUGUCGCGAUCGUCGUCUGCGUCAUCGUCUUCAUCUCCAGCAUCUACCUCCUCGUCAAUUACCAGCAUCCAGACGACGCGAACCAGGCCUACUUCCCCAAAUUCGUCGUCGUCUUCGGCCUCUCCAUCGCCAUGAUCUCGAUUCUCAUGUUACCGGCGGACGUGGCGAAUCGGCACGCUUGUCGGCACGCUAUCUACAACGGAGCUUGCAAUCUCACAUUGCCCAUGAAGGAGCUAUGGCUUGCCGUUUACAUCGUGGACGCUAUCCUCGUCUUCUUUGUCAUCCCCUUCGCAAUGUUUUUCUAUGAAGGCGACCAAGACAAGAGUCUGGGAAAGAGGAUAAAAAGUUCCUUGCUUUGGGUCGUAAGCACGGCUGUUGUUUGUGCUCUGGUGCUUGGAAUCUUAUACGGUGUUAUUGGAAAGGUGGACUUCAAUGUCAGGCACUUGGCUUCUGGGACGACCUCUUUCCCUACUUCAUGGCAAUUUUCAAAUAAUCAACCAUGUAUCGGUAACACCGCUCGCCAGUGCUCAGCAUUUACAGCUAGCGUCGCGUCUGAGAAAACGUGGACCAUGCGUACUACUUUUCCAGAAUACGUUGUCGCUCUUGCGACAAUUGUUGGGUCAGUUCUUUUCACGAUAUUCGGUGGCGUUGGUAUUGCCUCCCUACCAUUAGGACUUAUCACUGCUUUCAUCCGGCGACCAAAGGCUGUUAUCACUCGAUCACAAUAUAUAAAGGAAGCAACUGAACUGGGGAAAAAGGCUAGAGAACUAAAGAAAGCUGCUGAUGGACUUCGCCAGGAAGAAAAAGAUGGUGCUAAGGGCAGGAAAUGGAGGAAGAAUGUGAAAGCAGUUGAAAAGGAGUUGCUGCAAUUGGAGGAAGAUGUGAACCUCUUAGAAGAAGCGUAUCCUCAAGGAGAGAAGGCAGAAACUGCAUGGGCUUUCACUGUACUCGGAUACUUGGCCAAGUUUAUUCUUGGAAUCAUAGGAUUGAUCGUUUCCAUUGCUUGGGUUGCACACAUUAUCAUAUAUCUACUCGUGGACCCUCCUCUCUCCCCUUUUCUUAACGAGGUUUUCAUUAAGCUUGAUGACGUUUGGGGUCUUCUAGGCACUGCUGCCUUUGCUUUCUUCUGUUUCUACCUUCUACUUGCUGUCAUCGCUGGGGCAAUGAUGCUGGGUUUGAAGCUCGUCUUCAUUACCAUUCACCCGAUGAAAUGGGGAGCUACUCUAAUGAACUCUUUCCUCUUCAAUGUUGGCCUCAUUCUUCUUUGCUCCAUCAGUGUGAUUCAGUUCUGCGCCACUGCUUUUGGAUACUACGCACAAGCCACUGCUGCACAAGAGAUCUUCGGUCACACAUUACAGUCCCUUAGAGGAAUUAAGUACCUCUACAAGUACAACGUGUUUCAAAUCGGGUUUGUUAUCCUGGCUGGACUGACCUUUCUAUAUUACAUUACCUUCGGAUGGAGAAGAAAAAAGCCAAGCGCCCGUUUCCAGCUCUCUUCUUAAUGCAAAAUCAUUUGCACUGUUUCGGUUCUUCAAUGUUGUUGCACUCUCCAGGGAUCUUGAUUUAGUGUUGCUGACGAGGUGUUCACUUGUUUUCGGAUCAUCGAUUCUGGAAGUACUUGGAGACGGCUUGUGAUUCUGAGGUUCUUUACUUGAAAUGUAUUAUUUUUUCUUUCUUGUGUAUUCACUGUUUGGUUGUUGCUAUCUUCCAGUCCUGGUCUAUCGUACUGUUUCGGAUGCUAGAUUAUGACAUUAUGUAAUCGUUUUUUAAUGAGAAGUUUACUUGAAUUUCA